AUGGAUGUAGAUACGCCAGUUGCAGCCGCUCGGGCGGCAACCAAUGUGCUACGCAACGGGCCUGCACCAGCGCCCCGAACGGUAGUUGCAACAGCACCGGCUGCUGCUCCGGCAACCACGCCAGCAACUGCACCGACAACAACGCCGGUACCUGUACCGGCGACCUCGCCUGCAGCGGUACCUGCACCCGCGCCUCGUGGUGGCACCCGACCACCACCGACCACAUCGAGGACUUCGGAGAUCCAUCAGAUAAAGUGCCCCAUCUGUCGACGCCCACACCGGCUGCACCAUUGUGGCAUAUUUCGGGGUAUGCGACCCGUGCAACGGCAGCAAGUUGCCCAGGCCCACGGGCAUUGCCAUAACUGCCUGUCACAUACACAUGUGACCGCAGCGUCGCGGGCACGCGAGGUGAAUCGGCUACCCAUCCAGCGCGGCCGCAUACCCCACUCCCAAUCCGCAACGCGUGGCGCAUCCCAUCGACGCGGAACCUCUUUGCGGCAUCGACAGCCUGGGCCACCACCUCGUCGGUCUACUGGGCUGAGCAGCGUUGUGGCUACGCUGCAACAACUGCAGCGCCUUUUAGGCUAA